GCCCGGUGCAAACUGGGCCAGCCGGCAGCAGCUCAGUGUCCUCUGUUUAGUCGUGGCCAGAGGCCAAGUACGGCAGCUGGGCCGCAACUUCCUGCUUUCUCCCUGCUCCUCCCCCUGCCUGGAGAGGCACAAAUUCCAGGCCUGGUCCGGGGCAGAAAUGGCUGCCUGUGGCCGAGGGCUCAGCAGGGCCAUGGGUGCCUCUCCCUUCUCGGCUUGGAGACAAGCUCACUCGGACACCAGGGGACACCUGAAGCCGGAGUACGAUGCAGUGGUGAUAGGAGCAGGACACAACGGGCUGGUGGCUGCGGCCUACCUGCAGAGACUGGGGGUGAACACAGCUGUGUUCGAGAGACGCCACGUGAUCGGAGGUGCGGCUGUCACCGAGGAGAUAAUCCCAGGAUUUAAGUUUUCCCGAGCAUCCUACCUCCUCAGCCUGCUGCGGCCGCAGAUUUACACUGAGCUGGAGCUGAAGAAACAUGGGCUGAGGCUUCAUCUUCGAAACCCCCACUCCUUCACCCCGAUGCUGGAAGAGAAUGCCGGGAGCAAGGUGCCCAGGUCCCUUCUGCUGGGCACAGACAUGGCAGAAAACCAGAAGCAGAUCGCCCAGUUCUCCCGAAAGGAUGCCGAGGCCUUUCCCAAAUAUGAAGCAUUCAUGAGUCGCUUGGCAUUAGCCAUUGACCCUCUGCUGGACGCAGCCCCAGCGGAUGUGGAAGCCUUCUGGCGGGGCUCCCUGCUCCAGAGGCUCAAGUCGCUCUCCACUCUCAAGCCCCUGUUGCAGGCGGGCCGCAUAGUGGGAGCCCGGCUGCCCCAGUAUUACCAGGUCCUCACAGCUCCCAUUGCCAAGGUGCUGGAUCAGUGGUUUGAGUCCGAGCCGCUAAAAGCCACUCUGGCAACGGAUGGCGUGAUUGGAGCCAUGACAAGUCCCCGCAUUCCGGGGAGUGGGUAUGUGCUGCUCCAUCACGUGAUGGGGGGUCUGGAGGGGAUGCAGGGAGCCUGGGGCUACGUCCAGGGUGGCAUGGGUGCCCUCUCUGAUGCCAUUGCAAGCUCAGCCACUGAGCACGGAGCGAGCAUCUUCACCGAAAAGACAGUGGCCAAGGUGCAGGUGAGCCAUGGAGGGCGCGUUCAAGGAGUCGUGCUGCAGGACGGCUCAGAGGUGAGGAGCAGAGUGGUGCUGUCCAACGCAUCGCCGCAGACCACCUUCCUGAAGCUGACGCCACAGGAGUGGCUUCCUGAGGAGUUUGUGCAGAGAAUCUCCCAGCUGGACAUCCAGUCACCUGCUACCAAGAUCAACGUGGCUGUUAACAGGCUGCCUGACUUCCUGGCAGCCCCCAAUACUCCCGGGGGCCAGCCACUGCCCCAUCACCAGUGUACCAUCCACCUCAACUGUGAGGACACCCUCCUUCUCCAUCGGGCCUAUGAAGACGCCAUGGAUGGCCUGCCUUCACACAGACCUAUAAUUGAGCUCUGCAUCCCUUCCUCGCUGGACCCCACCCUGGCUCCCCCCGGCUGCCACGUCAUCUCCCUCUUCACUCAAUACACUCCCUACACACUGGCUGGAGGCAAGGCCUGGGACGAGCUGGAGAGAAAUGCUUACGCAGACAGAGUGUUUGAUUGCAUCGAGGCCUACGCGCCUGGCUUCAAGGACUCUGUGGUGGGCAGAGAUGUCCUCACACCCCCUGAUUUGGAGAGAAUCUUUGGGCUUCCUGGAGGGAACGUAUUCCACUGUGCCAUGGCCCUGGACCAGCUGUAUUUUGCCCGCCCUGUGCCCCUGCACUCCAGCUACCGCAGCCCUCUCCAGGGCCUGUAUCUCUGCGGAAGUGGGGCCCAUCCUGGAGGAGGUGUCAUGGGAGCCGCUGGACGCAAUGCAGCACACGUGGUCUUCAGGGACCUCAGGAGCAUGUAACCCGAACCAACUCUGACCCAGGAAGAGGUCACCAUUGGGAUUUUAAGUCCCCAUUGGAUCAGCUUCCCAGGAAAUGGCUUGAGGCAGGCAAGUCCUCAGGGGCAAGCUGCUAUUCUAGAAGAAACAUGCAAUUUACAUUUGGUCCAAGUUAACUUUGUGCCCAUGACCUCAUGAAUAAACUGGUUUUAUUAAAGCCAUGCUUUACAUGG